AUGAUGCAAGAGACCAAGCUAAAUGAAGAAAAAGCUUCCUUUUUUAAAUCUUUUAGCAGGACGUGGGAUGCCGUGUUUCAGGAGGCAAAAGGGUCUGUGGGUGGAAUGGCGGUCCUUUGGAAUCUAGAUAAAGUGUUAGUAGACUUGAUCAACAAGCAAGAAAAUUGGAUGCAUUGUAAAGUAAGAAUCUUGAAGGAAGAUAUGGAAUUUUCUCUAUUCAAUGUUUAUGGGCCGACCAAGACAGAAGAAAAGAAAAGGGUUUGGAAAGAAAUUUCAGAUCAAAUUAGUAUGAUUGAUUUGGAGAAAGAAAUUGUGGCGGGAGAUUUCAAUGCACUACUCAACAAUGAAGAAAAAUUUGGAGGCUUAAGAAUGAAUGCCGGAGUGAUGGAAGAUUUCAGAGAUUUUGUGAUAGAAAAUAACCUCUUUGAUGUUAUCCCUAAAAUAGGAAAUUUUACAUGGACUAACAGGAGAGCAAAUUUUAACAGAAUCUCUGAGAGUUUGGACAAAAUAUUUGCUAGAUCAUUUUGGAUUAGAGUCAAAAAGAUGAAAUAUCUUAAGAACAAAAUUAAAAUGUGGAAUGUGGUAUCCUUCAAGAAUAUUUUUGCUGAGAAAAUAAGGGAGGAAGAGGAACUAGAUAGGAUCAAUAACAUGGUAAUCAAAAAGGGGAUGACAAAUGAAGAGUUUUAUGCUGAGAAAUCUCUUAAAGCUGAAUUGGCAGAAAUUCUUCUAAGAGAAGAAAUGUUUUGGUGGGACAAAUCUAGAGAAUUAUGGAUAGAUGCAGGGGAUUCAAAUUCCAAAUUCUUUCAUGCCUCUUUAAAAGCAAAAAGGAAUAAAAAAAAAAUUAAUCCAUUGAUGGAUGAUUCGGGCAAAAUGGUUGGAAAAGCAGAGGAGUUAGAUUACAUAGCAAUCAAAUAUUUUGAGAAAAUUUUGGGAUCCUUGGUGGAGGCGAGAGAUGAAUCUGUUGGAUAUCUGUUGGAUAUUAUUGACAAAUAUAUUUUGGAGGAGGAUAAUACAUUACUAUUGUCUCCAAUCACAAAAGAUGAAGUUAAAAAGGCAACAUUUGAGUUACAUCCGCAUAAAGCUCUAGGUCCAGACGGGGUGACUAUGGAGUUUUAUUAG